AUGAGCUCACCAUCUCGACCCCUCAAUAACAUUCCCCACAAGAAUGACCAAGCUCAACUUCUGAGCACUUUCCCAUCUGAUGGCUGGCUCCACAACCCUGCGUGGAUUGAUGGGGGUGUCAAUCCGCCACAUUUCUAUGUGUCACAUGAACAGAUCAAAGAAACUCAACGUGUGGCACUGGCAGCUGGGGCACGACCCAUGGUACCCCCAGCAUCACUGCCUGCUGUGAUAGGUAUCCCCCCCAUACCACCUGUAGUACAAGCCGAAGUUGUAUUGAGUGGACCAAGUGAUCAUUCUGGUCAUCUUGUAUCUGCUACCAUGUUGUUUUCUGCUCCCAAGAAGGCAUCCGGCAUCUGUGGGAAGAUUGCAAUGAAGAAAACUCGUAUGAUCAAGACUGAUCAUGUCAGAAUUGAUACCAUCACUCGUGUUGACUUCAUUCAAGCAUUUUUACGGAUUCACGAGCUCUCUGACCAGUACAGUCCAGGUGCUCAUACUGGCCCCAAGUUCAAGAUUUGGUGGACAGGUUCAAGUGGGGGGAAGACAGGUGCUUCGACAGUCGACAACAACCAUGACUUUACCGUGGCACAUGACACACUGCUGAAAAAGCGAAAAGCUACCUGUACUGUUAGUGUUGAAUUUGAUCUUGAUGCUAUGGAGGGUUUCCGAACACGGAAACGGCCUAUCUCCCAUGUUGAUGCUGGGACCAAGAAUGAGGAGCUCCUAUAUGGCACGAAGGUCCCACGUGUUGACAUAUUCUCUGAUGAGGUGCAGCUAAAUGGAGCCAUCAUCCUUCAACUGAAGGCAAAGUGGACAUACGAAAAGCACAGUGGAGAACAUGGCGAGUCAGGACACUGUUAUGUCUCUGCGAUGGGUGAACAUGUUGGCCUGAACCACCGCAAGUUGAAACUUUGGGCUGCUGCCAUUGCUGCUGCCGAUGCGACCAAGCACAAGCCUCCUAAUACAGUUGAUUUCAAUGGACUAUGUGAUGGGCGAAUCGAUGCUAUGAAGUCUUGUGGCCAUAAUGGUCCUCGGUUGUCAUCCAGCUCUUCGCCUGAUCCUACAACAGCACUCCUUGCUGCUGUGACUUCGCUCAUCACAAGUCAAUUGGCUUCAAAGGCAACUUUGGAACCCUCAACUCCUACUCAUCACUGUCCACGAGCUCAGACACCCUUCUCCCCCAUACCUGCAACUGGAACAGAGAUUCACUUGUGUCUCUCUGCAUUUUUACAGUCAUAUGAUGUCGAUCUUAUGGGCUCUGAAGAUGUUCUCUCCUCACUCGAGUUGACUCCUGAUAUCAUAGGUGACAUGCCUGUCACAUGCCUAUGCAAUCUUCCUUGUGUGGUGGAGGGUCGUGCAAUGAAGUUUCAAGGCUUUGCACGUGAGUGGAGCAACUGGCUCAAGUACAAGAAACACCAAAGAGAGUAG